AUGGAGGAGAGGCGGAGAGGAAUGGAGAGGAAGGUGGAGCGGGAGGGAGACAAGAGGAAUGAGGAGGUGAGGACGGAGGCGCAGAUUUUUCAGAAGGAGGAAGAGACAGGAACGCGGAAAGAAGAGAGAGGAGCGAAGGAUGACAGGGAGGACAGAGAGGAAGAGAACAGGAGGCAUAGGUCGGACGGGAAGGAAGAGGUGGAGGUAGAUCGGAAGCAGGAAAGGAGGAGGCUGGAGCGGAAGGGAGGAAAGAAAGAUGAAGUGGAGGAAAGAGUGCAGGCAGAAGAGGACGGGGGAAGGAGGAAUGACAAGAGGGGAGGGAAGAUUGAGAGUACGGAAGAGAGGAGAGUGAAGUGGCAAGUAGGAAAGUCGGCGAGGAAGUGGGAGGGAGAGAGUUCAGAAGAGGAAAGUUGUAGGAAAGAAUGGUGGGAGCUGGUGGCCGAGAAAGAGGAGAAAAAGAAGGAGAGGAGUGAAGAUGGGAAGAAGGAGAGAGAGAAGAAGAGAGAAGAGAGGAAGGAAGAAGAGGACAGGUUACCAGAUUGGCAGCAAAAAUCGAACAGAUUCUGCCGGCAUAACUUAGUGGCAGAUUGGUGGCAGAAAUUGAACAGGAUCUGUGCGAUGCAAUUUGACAACAGAUUGUCGGCAAAAAUCGAACAGGAUCUGCGCAUACAAUCUCUGAUAGCAGAUUGA